UUUUUUAUCCAACCACGAUAUCCCAACUUGCAUUCUACGGCCUCCUGUCAGUUUCAAAGAAACUAUACAGGCAUCAUCCCGUCAGCGAUCUCUGAGCUGGUUGCCUCGUGAAGGAAGCCCUCUUCUUUGUCAGGCACCACCCUUCGUAUCCCCUCACAUUCCGCGAUCAUGAGACUAGCACGACCCUCGAUCAAUCCUGGGCGGACGAAAAACAUCAUCCAUGGAGUUCAAGGAUUCAUCAUCUUCAUAGCAUGGGCUUGUACCAUUGCCGUGUUCACCAAAGGUGACGGUAUUGAUGGUCGAUCAGCCUGGUACUGGGCUUUGUGCUGGUUCAGCAUCCCCGGUCUUAUCUAUCUCGUCGCAGUGCCUAUGUGGCCGCGCGCACGCCGUUUCGGAAAUGUCUAUGCCUUUGCGACGGUCGACUGCCUGUAUGCCGUGCUAUGGUUUACUGCGUGGGUCUGCGUUGCCAGCUAUGUCGCGCAGGGGAAAUCCGAGGGCAAGGACAGCAAGCAGGAGGACAAGAACAAGGACAGUGAGAAGAAGACUGGAUGCGACAACUGGAAGUACGGCAGUGCCAGCAAAUGCAAUAUCAGCACGGCUACUUGCAUCAUGGGGGUUGUCAUCUUUUUACUAUUCAUUUUGACCGCUUUUAUGUCCUUCCGUAACGUGAUGCACUUCCGCCGGACUGGAACCCUGCCAGAUGCUGUCUCCGACCCUACUUUCGCGGCGCAGAGCCAGGCCGCCUUCUCGUCGAACCCCGCCCAUGAUUUCGAGGAAGAGGAUGAUUUCCGAUCGGGACGAGCUGGCGGAAUGGGCUCUUCCGUCCGUUCCGACCGCGAUGAGGACUACGCCCUCCUGCACCAGAGCGAGGUAGAUGAGUUCGGAAACCCGAACGGACGCACCGCGAUGCACGGCGCCUACGACCCCACGGCUUCCAACGCCGGAGGAAGCGUCCUUCAUGAUUACAACACGGUCAACACCGCCACCAGCUACGGCGGUGCACAUGGGCAACACUACGCACCGAACUCGGAAUACGCCCCGCCGUCGGAAUGGGGCAUGGGCUCCAGUGUCAGCGGCUACGGACGCUAA